UUGGAGGAAGCCAUAACUGUCUAAAGUGAAAUAAACAUCUGGUAUCGGUGUGGCCCCCUGAUUAGCCAAGCAAAACAGCUGUGAGUCUGGCUUUUAGAACACUGACAGCUGGUUCUUACUGAGUAUGUGCACAUUUAUCAUUGACUCCAAUGUUAAAUUUCUUAGAUUAAUUAAAAAUCAGCUAGGUACUUUUUCAACAUUUAAACUGCAGAAGAUUAAGAUCAGAGCAUGGGGCAAGGUUAGUAAUAGCAUUGCAGGUACUCUGUGAACAUGGCAGAUUUUUAAUUAAUUUCAACAAAUUAUGAGACCACUGACAGAAAAAAGUCCAACUGGGGUCUGGAUUUAUUUUCUCUUGUUUUACAUGUUGAACUCUUGAUUCUCUCUGGGUGUUUUGUGUAUCGCCAUGAAAACAUAGAGGGUUGUUAAGCAAGUGUUUCUGAGUUCAGGACUAUAAAUUUUGUAAGGUUUUGUUUUGAAAUGAGUUUAUGGGAGCAGCAGAAUAGCAUGGGAGGUGUUUUCAAUGUUGCAGAAUGCGAAACAUCCAUGCUGACUGUAGCAUACAGCCACUCUUGUCACUGUCUAAUAACUCCCAAGUAUAAUUAAAGUAGGGUGUGGUAAGGAACCUGUGGUGUUCCAGAUGUUGGUGGACUCCACCCCCUGUUCAAUUCAGGAACCCAAAUUAAAGCAUACUUGACAGGUGGCCCACCACCUCCCUGGGCAAUUGGUUCCAUUGUCUUACCACUCUAACAGUUAGAAUGUUUUUCCUGAUGUUCAAUCAAAAUCUGGCUUUUUCCAACUUGAGCCCAUUAUUCCAUGUCCUGCAUUCUGGGAUGAUCUGGUUCUCCUCUGGGUGGCAACCUUUCGAAGAGUGCUGUCAUAUCUCCCCUCAAUCUUCUCUUCUCAAAGCUAAACAUGACCAGUUAUUUUAGUCUGUCCUUGUAGGGCUUUGUUUCCAGUUUCCUGAUCAUCUUUGCUGCCCUCCUCUGAACCUGUUCCAAUUUGUCUGCAUCCUCCUUAAAGUGUAAUGUCCAGAACUGGACACAGUACUCAAGAUUAGGCCUAACCAGUGCCGAACAGAGGGGAACUAAUACUUCACAUGAUUUGGAAACUAGAUUUCUGUUAAUGCACCCUAAAAUAGCAUUUGCCUUUUUUGCAGCCACAUCACACUGUUGGCUCAUAUUCAGCUUGUGAUCAACAAUUCCAAGAUCCUUCUUGUAUGUAGUAUUGCUGAGCCAAGUAUCCCACAUUUCAUAACUGUGCAUUUGGUUUAUUUUUGCUAGGUUUAGAGCUUUGCGCUUACCUCUGUAAAAUUUCAUUCUGUUUUCAGCCCAGUGGUCCACCCUAUCAAGAUCCCUUUGAAUUUUGAUUCUGUCUUCCAGAGUAUUAGUUAUCCCUCCCAAUUUUGUAUCAUCUGCAAAUUUGAUAAGCAUUUUGAGCACCUCCUCAUCCAAGUCAUUAAUAAAAAUGUUGAAGAGCACUGGGCCCAGGACUGAGCCCUGCGGGACCCCACUCAUUAGCUCCACCCAGUUUGAGAAGGAACCAUUGAUAAGCACUCUUUGAGUAUGGUUCUGUAGCCAAUUGAGGAUCCACCUGACAGUUGUUCCAUCCAGCCCACAUUUAGCUAGCUUGCUCAUCGUAAGGCACUUUGUCAAAAGCUUUGCUGAAGUCGAAAUAUAUUAUGUCCACAGCAUUCCCACUGUCUACCAGGGAGGUUAGCAGAAAAGAAGCACCUUGCAGAUGUCUGUCCCACUUUCAUGACAGGUCAUCUUGUCUGACUAAAAUGCAGUCCUCUAAAUGUCUACUGCCCCUGUUGACUUUGUUGGGAAUGAAUAUUGGAAGAUGUGGGACAGACAAAAGGACAUACUUCCUCGUACAGCCCAAAGUUACAUUAUAGAAUUCAUUCCCAGAAGCUAUAAUGAUGACCGACAAGUUUGAUGGGUUUCAAAGGGGAUUAGACAAAACCAUGGAGGAUAAGGCUACUGUCCAUGAAGCUUAUGUUCUACCACUUUGUCGGAGGCAAUAUGUCUCUGAAUUCCAUUUGCUGGGGAUCCCAACUGUGAAGAUCACUGUUACACUCGGGUCCAGCAUGUGGGUUUCCUAUAGGCUUCUGGUUGGCCACUGAGAGCAAGGUGCUGGGCAAGAUAGGCCUGAUCCAGCAGGGCUCUUCUAAUCUACUUACAACUUACUUCCAGAAUGGCUGCCCUUAAACCAGAGGAACUGAAGAGUCUUGAGGAGCGUUUCCGGGAGAAGAAUCAAACCUGUGUUAUUUUGGGUGCCUCUGGCGAAACUGGGAAAGAACUGUUAGCUGAGAUCUUGCGGCGGCAGUUGUUCUCCAAGGUGACGCUCAUUGGUCGCCGGAAGCUGAAUUUGGAAGGACCACUUUACACCAAUGUGUCCCAAGAGCUUGUCAACUUUGAGAAACUGGAUGAAUCUGCAGCUGCCUUCCAAGGCCAUGACAUUGGAUUUUGCUGCCUGGGAACAACCAAAGCCAAAGCUGGAGCGGAUGGAUUUGUGCGUGUCGACCGUGACUACGUUGAGCACUCGGCAACACUAGCCAAAGCCGGCGGAUGUCACCACUUUGUCCUGCAGUCGACCAAGGGUGCAGAUAGCUCCAGCCGCUUCUUGUACCUCCGGGUUAAGGGUGAAGCAGAAGCUAGGGUCCAAGCAGUUGGGUUCGACCGUUGUUCCAUAUUUAGGCCAGCUGUGCUACUGUGUGAUCGUCAGGAGUCUCGUCCAGGGGAGUGGAUGGCCAGGAAAGUCUUUGGAGUGGUCGCACACUUCUUCCCCACGGCCCUUUCUGUCCCCACAGAGGCUGUGGCCCGAGCAAUGAUAAACCUUGUGGUGAUGCCAGGAGAGGAGGGCCAGAAGGUAGAGGUGCUGGAAAAUGCAGCCAUACAUGCCCUUGGUCAGGCAUAAAUAGUUGGGAGGUUUAUUUCCUAGAUGGCAUAGUGGUGGAGACUGCCUCAUCAGCCCAAAGGCCCAGUCUUUCCUGUUCUUCCUUUCCACCAGAAGGAUCCCUCAAGCAGUAAGGUCUUGCCUGUUAAACUGAGGUCAUUCCUCUUUGUUGCCAUGGUAACUCUGCAUGAACUGCCACAUCUCCCAUGAUUCCCAUUUUUGAAUAGCACUGCUGGUUGCCUGAAAGGCAAAUGUCCAACUAUUGUCUGCUGUGAGUGGUCACUAAAGUUUGCAAGGCACAUCACUGGGGGAGAAUAUGCUGCUUGUAGGACCACUCUGUUCUGUGCCUUGACACAUGGUAUGAGCCUUCUCCCAUCAUAUAGCUAACAAGACAUCCUCAAGUGCCUGUUUCCCCAUUGCUUGAAGGAACUGAUCAGAUCCCUUCACGGCUUGCUGCCUCUUCAGGAAUAUGGCUCAAAUAACACACACCUUCAAACACUGCUGUGCUCCAGUCAAUGUCUAAAGUGUGUGACUAGGACAGACAUGUUUGAAAGUAAUGAGUCUGCCACCAUCAUAUAUCAUUUUGACCAAAGUUCAUGCCCUGAUAUUUAGAACCCCAAAGAUUUUGAACUGUCAAACUUUCAGAAAUGUUGCCAUCUCAUCUGAUGUUUGGAACUCUGAGAGUCUCUUCCUAUUCCUAUGCCAAAGUAAAUUGUGGUGCUUGUUUUAAAGUCCUGUAAAUGGCAAAAAUGGGAUAUUACUUAGUUCCAUCGGGUGAAAAUGAAUAAGGGACACUUUUCUAAUAUUGUUCAUCACGCUUUUUAGGAAUGCCAACUGUGAAAUCUGUGCAUUAUUUGCAAAAAAACUUGAACGCACAUUCUCAUUCUCUCAAGUGCUCUGUCCCCACCAGCCAGAUGAGAAAGAUGUGUGUUCUAGUUCAGGAGUAACCAAUGUGGUGCCCUCCAGAUGUUACUGGAUUACAGCCUUGACUAUUGGCCAUACCGGGUGGGGAUGAUGGGAGCAGGAGUCCAACAAUAUCUAGAGGGCACUAGGUUGAUAUAAGGAAUGUAAUAAUACACAAAACUAAACUCUAUCCACUACCCAAAAACAAUCGGCUCUGCUGCAAAGCUGUGUUACAACCUUUGCAACAGGCCACUUUACUGUUGAUAUCACUACACAGCUGUACAUUGAUAUAGAAGGUUGUUUUUAAAAAAUAAAUCUUGUAUAAUGAAGAUUGGUGUAUGCAGGCAGCCUUUGCGAGGUAUCUGCUCAAUCGGAAGCUCCAGAUGGAGUGCUAGUUCCCAAGAGGGCAAAAUGCACAUUUGCAUGACCUUCACGAAUAGUGGUGUACACCAGCCUUCCCCAACCCUGUGUCCUCUGGAAGUUUUGGACUACAAUUCCCAUCAGCCCCACCCAGUAUGGCCAGUUGUCAGAGAUGAUGGAGUAGUAAUCCAGAACAUCAGGAAGGCAGCAGGUUUGGAAAACCUGGUGUACACCCUUUUAGUGAAAGCAUCAAGUGGCCUGCAGAUCAAGGAAACAUGAGGAUUUGGGGUAUCUGGGGCUGUGUGCAGGAAUCCCCCUUAUAUAUGAGGCAUAGCUCAGUUCUGAUGCUCAGGCUACAAGUUUGCAAGGGAAUUAAAAAUAAUUACACUGACUUCUCUGAAUGGCUCAAAGGGUAAAUGCUAACACAGAGAAUGGAAUGUGUAUUAAAUAACUUAGGUUGAACAUAAAUAAGUGAAGCUUUUCCAUGGAUUUUUUUUAAUGUUUUUGAGAUGUCAUGAAAUCUCUGGGUUGCAGAUAACUUGAACAUAUACAGUCCAAUAUUCUAAUUUAGCACUUUUAUUUAACGCUGAAGCUCAUAACUAUCUGGUGACUAGGUAUUUUAUUUAGGUGGAUAAUGCAAAUAUUAAGCAAAGUGAGCAGGGAAACAAAUGUCAAAAUGAUUUUCAGGUUACAGUUUCUGGAAACCGCUGAAUAUGACUUCCAAUUGUAUUUUGAUUUGUUUAUGCAUCAGAAACUUCUGAAAUAAUCAGAACAAUGCCAGUGUCAGUGUCAGUGAUGUUUUUAAAGCUUUAAAUGUAUGUGAUUCUUGUUUAUAUAUUCAUUAAACAUAUUCAUUAAAAACCUU